CACACCGCGCGCUCAACUUAACCGGAGAGUCUCGCGGGGCUGCGAGUUAACGGCCGGUGCACGCGGACAGGGACCAAAGGAGACACCGUGCGCGACAUAUUGCAAAAAAAAAAAGUCAAGUUGAUUUGAACAGUGAAUGACGAGGAACCGACACGCGCGCUCCUCCGACUGGAUACCCGGAUACGGAUUAAUCGCUUAAAGUGGGAUUUGCCUCAAAAAAAAAAAAAAAAAAAUUAUAAAUAAAAAAAAAGAGAGAGAGGAAAAGACGACAACAACAACAACAACAAUAAUAAUCAUAAUAAUAAUCAUAAUAAUAAUAAGUGCGCUCGCGCCUCUCCAUCCUGUGGAUUGUGCUGUUGUUCUUGUUACAAAUUUUAUUUAUUAUUACUAUCAUUAUUAUUAUUAUUAUUAUUAUUAUUAGAUAUAAGUUUCAAGAUGACCUCGGGCUGUUUGUUCAGGUCUCUGCUGAUGCUCUUUCUGGCGCUUCUCUCCGCCAACGCGAGCAACUGGCUGUAUCUGGCCAAGCUGUCGUCUGUGGGGAGCAUCUCUGACGAGGAGACCUGCGAGAAGCUGCGAGGCCUCAUCCAGAGGCAGGUGCAGAUCUGCAAGCGCAACGUAGAGGUGAUGGACGCCGUACGCCGGGGCGCUCAGCUGGCCAUCGACGAGUGCCAGUACCAGUUCCGUAACCGGCGGUGGAACUGCUCCACGUUGGACUCCAUGCCCGUCUUUGGCAAGGUUGUCACGCAAGGCACAAGGGAGGCUGCGUUUGUGUACGCUAUCUCCGCUGCAAGUGUUGCGUACGCCGUGACCAGGGCGUGCAGCAGCGGGGAGCUCGAGAAGUGCGGCUGUGACCGCAAUGUGCACGGCGUGAGCCCUCAGGGUUUCCAGUGGUCAGGGUGCUCUGACAACAUUGCCUACGGAGUCGCCUUCUCCCAGUCCUUCGUGGACGUCAGGGAAAGAAGCAAAGGGCAGUCGUCCAACCGAGCCCUAAUGAAUCUCCAUAAUAAUGAGGCAGGGAGGAAGGCGAUUCUGAACCACAUGCGAGUGGACUGCAAGUGCCACGGUGUUUCCGGCUCGUGCGAGGUGAAGACCUGCUGGAAAGCCAUGCCCCCCUUCCGCAAGGUCGGCAACGUCAUCAAGGAGAAGUUUGACGGUGCCACCGAAGUGGAGCAGCGUAAGGUAGGCACCACCCGAGCUCUGGUGCCGCGCAACUCACAGUUCAAGCCGCACACAGACGAGGACCUGGUUUACUUGGACCCAAGCCCCGACUUCUGCGAGCAUGACCCGAGGACGCCGGGCAUGCUGGGAACGGUGGGCCGCUACUGCAACAAGACCUCGAAAGCCAUUGACGGCUGCGAGCUCAUGUGCUGCGGGCGAGGCUUCCAGACGCAAGAGGUGGAGGUGGUAGACAGGUGCAGCUGCAAAUUCCACUGGUGCUGCUACGUCAAGUGCAAACAGUGCCGCAAGAUGGUGGAGAUGCACACGUGUCGGUGAUGCUCUCCUGCAAACCCCUCCCCUUGCUUUCCCUCCACCGAACUUAACAGAAAUACUCCCUCUUUCCUUCUUUGACUCCAAAUAGAAUAAAAGAAAAGAAAAAAAGGGAAGACAGAGAUAUUCACAGAUUCAACCAGUUAUAAAAGAACAUGUCAUACAUGGGACACAAUUUUAGGGGCAAAUAGAGUUCUUUUUUAUUUCAAGUCCCACUUGAGAGUAUUUUUCUCUCCAUUUUUUUGUGGUUACUUUCUUAUUUUUGUAUGGUUUUCUAACUUAUUGGAAUCAGAGUGAUUAUGUUUUAAGUUUUUUGUUUUUUUUUCGUAAUGUGAUUAGCUGCAGUGGGAGUGGGUAUGGGGUGGUGGAGGAUGGACAAGUAAACGUUGGGGUGGCCGAAGAGAUGGGACACCCCCACCCCCCUCCCACUAUCGAUGCUGCUUUAGGAUCUUAUCUGGAGUCACGGACAUCAAAGGGAAUUUCUAACAGACUGAGAUGCAGUCCAGGUGUACAUCUAUAUUAUUUUUCCAAUCGUCAAAACAACAGCAUUUUAGAUAGGAGGUGGACAUUUUUAUGCUGCUUAAAAAAAAAAAAAAAAAAAAAAAAAAAACCAAUAUCACUCACGUAAAUGUACAGCAUUGGUCUUUUAUAUAAAUUUAUUAAGGAGUAUUAAGGAGUUUCUCAUCUUUCGUAGGGAAAAUAAAAGGAAGCGCAUCGCGUUAUUUCCGUGGAGUGUUACCAGGCGAACUCAGCAGGCAGGACUUAAAAAACAUCCCUGCACAAGUAUAUUAAAAUCCAGUCGUUAAUCAGCAUCGACAACAGCAUCGGUUAUCGGGACGGAUCUGUGACCGUGUUUCCAAAACCACGAUUAAACGAGUCGUUUGUUCAGACCACGGAUGCGCUGCACGGUGACUCCAGCACUUUUCAUCUCAGAGCAUUCCCUCUUCCACUAAUCGUCAAGCAGCGUGACUGAACUAUUUAUAUGACCAUGGACAAAAAUAAAUAAAUAAAUAAACUUAAUUCCACAUUUUCUUGUAGUACAACCUUGUUAUACGGCACGCUUCUAAAAGAACCAUAGCUCUGUAAAAGACUAUACACUGAAGAGGAUUAUACUGCAUAUGAAUGUACGUUUAAAUGAAAUAUAUGCCUUCUGAAAGACGAGAGAACAAGACCUGCUGUAUUUCUUCACAAGUGAACGCUCGUCCAUAUCGCGCGCACACACACACACACACACAAAACUGUCAUUUACAUAUUUUCUAUUCUUCUGAAAAAUGAAUAACAUUAAAAUAGUAAAGUAAAAGAAUUUUGUGCUCCGUUUGGCUGGAAGUGUUCACA